ACGUGCAACAAGCAAGAGACACGCCCACCAAAGGUGCUAUUAAUUAACAGUGUUAGGUGUGGUCGACCAUUCCCACAUGCCCCAACAACAACACAACUCUGACAUUCAACACUGAGCUGAAAAGUCACAGAAGGAGGACUGGACUACUGUUGUUUGCAAGUAUCAUUGAGAUAUGGCUGGUCAUGUGCCGAGGAGGUUGCUGAAGCAACCAGACAUUGACAAGUGUUUGCUGGGUGGGACCGCACUCUGGAAAUGGGAGGAGGGAGACAGUAACCUAACAAAGUUGGUGUUCCAUGCCGACCACGAUGGGUUCUUCCUCUACGCGAGGGGAGAUGACAAGGGAAAGUGUUAUGAUUCCUACAUUUGGGACUUCUCUCAGAUCAGUGACGUACGGAAUGGGAAGCCUCCGAAGGACUCCAAGCAGGGCCCUGCUGGUGAUGACUAUUUAGAUCUCUGCCUCACCUUUGUCUACCGAAAGGAGGGGAUUGUGAGCCUGGAGUACGUCAACCUAAUCACUGAGUCAACAGCAGCUGCUGACCGAUUCAAGAAAGCUGUGAAUGCUCUCACCGCUAACAUGCUCCAUGCCCACGCUGCUCCAAGUCGAUUCCUCCGCAAGCACUACACAAAGAUCGGUCUCCAUGCCAAUGGGAGGGGAGAGAUACUUUUGAAAGAUGUGAAUCGUCUCAUGAUGAUCCGUUAUACUCCAGACAACUUCAUCAACCAAUGGCUUGGUACUUUCAACAUUGUCAAGGAAACGGUGGAUGGUAACAAGUAUGUCAUGGGGGCAGACUUCACAGAGGAUAUAUUCCUGAAAAUGUUUGAUCAGAUUCUCAACAACAGACAACAAGAUCUGGAUGCGGUCUUUAGUCUUAUGCAAGGGAAGUCCCACAAGUCCAAGGGCCAGAUGUCAAAGGACGACUUCCAUAAGUUCCUGAAUGGCGAUCAGCGUGACCCCCGCCUCAAUGAGAUCCUCCACCCCUACACAACCAAGGAGCACGCCUCCAAGCUCAUCAGCCGUCAUGAGAAGGGACGGAGGGGAGAUCGUCUGACGUCCAAGGGCCUCCUGGAGUACCUCUUGUCUGAUGACAACAACGUUCUGGACAUGGACCACCUCAAUCAGACGCAGGACAUGACUGCCCCAAUCUCUCACUACUUUAUCAACUCCUCUCACAACACCUACCUCACAGGUCACCAGCUGAGAGGCAAAUCGACAGUGGAGAUGUACAUCCAGACCCUGCUCUUGGGCUGUCGAUGUGUUGAGCUAGACUGCUGGCCGGAGAAUGAUGACAUAGUUAUCACUCACGGGGGCACUCUCUGUACUAAGAUCUACUUUAAGGAUGUGGUGGAGGCAAUCAACGAGUUUGCCUUUGUCACGAGUGAGUACCCGCUCAUCCUCUCUAUUGAGAACCACUGUAAGAGCAAGCCCAAGCUCAUCGAGAGAAUGGCCACCAUCUUUAAAGUCACCUUCGGGGACAAGCUACUGGCUGAGCCUUUUGAUGAUCUGCCGCUCGAGCCUGGAGUACCACUCCCAUCUCCUGAGAGGUUAAAGGGCCGUAUCCUUCUUAAGGACAAGGUCAAGAGAGGAAAGAGUGGGUUACCCGGAGACUAUGGAACACUAACCAGGGGGUCCCAUGCUCUCCCCCCUACCCUGGAUGAGGUACCUGAAGAGACAGCUGCCACCACGGGUUCAUCAGCUACUGCAGACACUUCAGCUACUGCAGACACUAAUCGCGACUCCCCCGCGUCCAAUGAUUCGGAGGGUGAGGUGUUGCCAGCUAUCACCGUCAAAGAGGACUAUGUUAGCAACAACACUGAUGGGAAAGAAGACGAUAACACUGAGGGUGACGCAAAGACAGAACAGAAAUCCACUGCUGAUGGGGUUAAAGAUACCGGUAGUGAGGGGAAAGGUUCUAGUGAGGAAGAGGUUAAAACGGAAGAGAAAGAUGCUGAAGGUUUUAAAGACAGUGAGGGGACUAAACCCAAAACUGAAGAAGAGACGACACCGAGUACCCCAAACACGUCUGGUAUAGACUCUCCUCGAGGGUCCCGGUUCGGUCAUCGAUCCAGUGUUCGUAGUCAUGGUAGUAUGGAUGGAGAUAUUGAUAUGACUAUGAUGCCGAGACACAGUGAGGUGGAGGGACUGGGUGGAGCCAGCCCACUGAGGGAACUGCUUAACUACUGUACAGGAAUCUCCUUCGAGGGCUUUAUGUCUGCUGAGAAAUUAAACUGCAGUUUCUACAUGUCGUCUUUUGCUGAUGAAAAGAAUUCUAACUACAUCCGCUCACAGCCUAAGGAGUAUGUUCGCUACAACAUUCGUCAGCUGUCUCGUGUGUACCCUGAGGGGAAGAGGAUUGCCUCCAGCAACUACAUGCCUCAAGGUCACUGGGAUGUAGGCUGUCAGCUUGUGGCACUCAACUUCCAAACCCCAGACUUACCCAUGCAGCUUAACAAUGCAAAGUUUGAGUUCAAUGGUAACACUGGGUACAUAUUGCAGCCGUGGGUGCUGCGCAGUGAGAGGGCUCAGUUCAGCCCUUUUGUCAUCAAGAAGCUGGAGGACAUCGUGCCUGCCAAAAUCUCCAUUAAGAUCAUCUCCGGGUACUUCCUCACGGACAAAAAAGGUGCCAACUGCUUUGUGGAGGUGGAGACCUACGGUUUGUACGCUGAUACAAUUCGGCACAAGUUCUACACCAAGCGGAUGCCCGCACCACACCCACACUGGAAUGAGAGCCCUUUCACCUUCAAACAGAUUCUCCUUCCUGAGUUGGCUUUGCUGCGAAUAGCCGUCUACAAUGAAGACCAUGAAAUCGUAGGUCAGAGGUCACUACCACUGAACGCUAUUCGGCCUGGGUUCCGCCACAUUCCCCUACGAGACAAGCACAACAACCCACUGUCUUUGUCCAUGCUCUUUGUGCACAUCAAGGUUGAGGACUGGGUGCCUGACGAUAUGGGAGACUUUGUCCUGAUGCUGAUGGAUCCGAUUUCCUAUGCCUCUGAUGCCCUCAAAGCUAUGUCUGCAGGAACGGAGGAGGGUGAGGAAGGACACCUUGAGGCUAUUCAAUCCGCUCCAACCAUCGACAGUGCCACAACCCCUGUUAGUGAUUCCCCCCCUGAGGUUCCCUCCUCCACUGCCACACCCAUCAGAAACCCACUGCUCAAUACUCUCAAGAAAGAUGAUGAUUUGGGACUUGGACUCCCAAGCCAGAUUCCUUUAUCAGGCUCCUCCCACAACAUUCGUAAAGAGGCUCAAUCCUGCCCUUCCCCUCAGUUACCUCCUGGCCCUGACGAUAGCAUCAAGUGUGUCGAGGAUGCCAAAACCAGAGAUCUACCACCCAUAACAACGCACGACGACAUCCUGAAGCACAAGGACUACCUGAAGGUGGCCAGCAAAGUAACCAAGGAUCGAGCGUCAUUGGUCAAGAAGCAUGAGAAGGCCCUCAAAUCAGUGAGGGAGAAGGUGGGGAAAGGGAAGACCACAGAGGAGAGUCUGAAAGAGACUGAGAAACAGCAGGAAGCUGAAAUGGCCACUUUUGACAAGAAUGCGUCCACCAAGCUUUAUGAACAGAAGCGUAAGCUGUUGGAAGGCGCACAUAAAGUAGAGCUGGAGGCACUGAGCAAGAAGUUUCACAAGAAGGACUUUGACAACUUGAAUGCUGCCCUGUUGGACAUGAUUCGGGAGCAGCGCAAGGUCUCAACUGGCGAGGAUCUGGGGGUCAUAAAAAAGAAGGACUCUAUGAAGGACGCUGAGGACAAGCUGGUGCAGGUCGGGAAGAAGGCUCGCAAUGAGCUGGAGAUGAUUCACCAACGUGAGGUCAGCAAGAUGCAUGAUGUACAGAAGUCAGCCACACAAGAACUGAUCAAAGCACAAGCUAAGGAACUAGCUGAUUUCGAUGCCAAGCACCCUCUAAGUGAAGGAGCCUCAGCAAUGUAGCCUAUCAAACUCACGGUUAUAUAUAUAGCAACUAUAGUCUCACAUUCUGCAGAAAAUUCGUGUCUUAGUGCACUAGAUUAAUUUUUAAUGAAAGAAUUUUGUUUUAAUGA